UUUGGACAUGCUUUUUAUUUGACGUUAGCAGUUUCUUGUUGUCAACCCCUAUAGAAAAAUCUAUUUAAAGUAAAAAUAAGGAAUUAGUUAACUUAAAGUACCGUAAAGUUGUUAUGUUAUAGGUCCCGAACUAUUUAAAAAAUCUAUUCCAUAUGGAUUUGUCGCGUUUUUCCUUAGUGUUCCUUAAUUUUUUAUGGUUAGGAAUAGUCCUUGCUGGCAGGGACUUUUACAAAAUUUUAGGGGUUUCCAAAGGGGCUAGUCUACAUGAAAUUAAAAAAGCGUAUCGCCGUUUAGCCAAAGAACUUCACCCUGAUAAGAAUCAAGAGGAUCCAGAUGCAUCCAGGAAGUUCCAAGACCUUGGGGCUGCCUAUGAGGUCCUUUCCGAUGAGGACAAGAGAAAAAAGUAUGAUCGUUGUGGAGAAGAUUGCUUACAGAAGGACGGUAUGAUGGAUGGCGGAAUGGAUCCGUUUGCCAGCUUUUUUGGUGAUUUUGGCUUUCAUUUUGGCGGGGGUGAACAAAGGAAUGAAGUACCAAGAGGGGCGGAUUUAAUCAUGGAUAUUGAUGUCACCCUUGAAGAUUUAUAUACUGGUAACUUCAUUGAGAUUACCAGGAAUAAACCGGUAAUGAAACCAACACAUGGAACCCGAAAGUGCAAUUGCAGGCAAGAGAUGAUAACCAAAAGCCUUGGCCCUGGCAGGUUUCAAAUGAUGCAGCAAACUGUCUGUGAUGAAUGCCCAAAUGUUAAGCUAGUCAAUGAAGAAAAAACAUUAGAGUUAGAAGUGGAACCAGGCAUGGUAGAUGGUCAGGAAACCAAAUUCACUGCUGAAGGAGAGCCUCACAUGGAUGGAGAUCCAGGAGACCUUAUUUUAAAAAUUAAAACCCAACCACAUCCAGUAUUUGAAAGGAGGGGUGAUGAUUUGUAUACUAAUGUCACUGUUACUUUACAAGAUGCCCUAGUGGGAUUCACAAUGGAAAUCCAACAUCUUGAUGGUCACAUGGUAUCAAUAAGCAGAGAUAAAAUAACAUGGCCCGGUGCAAGAAUCCGAAAGAAGGGAGAGGGUAUGCCCAACUAUGAAAACAACAACCUUCAUGGCACCCUGUUUAUUACAUUUGACAUUGAGUUUCCUAAACAGGAAUUGACUGCUGAAGAUAAAGAAAUAAUUAAGAGAAUAUUAAACCAAAGUUCCAACAACAAGAUAUAUAAUGGCUUAAGGGGGCACUGAAAAGCCAUUUUUUAGACAAUUAGGGUUCCUGAACCGUGUGUUUGUAUAUAAAUGUAUGCCAGCCUUGUGUGCGAGUGCGGUAGUGAAAUUGGUUUAUUUAUUUAUAAGCACUUUAAAGUUUUAAAAAAUCACCUUUUUUUUAAAUUGAAGUGUUUGUAUACGUAUUAUAAUGUUUUAAACUUAUUAUCAUCAGUUUAAACAGAAAGACCUUUUGCCCAUUUCAUAAUUGUAGGUAAAGAUUUGUUUUAUUUAUUUUUGAAGUUCCCACUAAGGUUGUGUUGUGAUAAAUAAAUAAAAAUAAGCUAAUAAAACUGGUGAUAAUAGGGUUAAUAUGGUAGAAUUGAUCAAUAAAUGCCAGAAAAAUAU